GAAAGUCUCUCUGGAAACAGGAAGUAAAUUAAUAUGAAUUUCGGUUUUGGUCAGGAGGCGCGUUUAUAGUUGAACAUGCCGAGUCCUUCCCGUUCACAAACACAGACGAAAUUAGGCAGUGCGUGUGAGCAGCAAACUGUGUCUUUGAAGAGUCCAUUGGGUCUCAUUCACAUUAGCAGCUGCCGAGAAGGCACACACACCAUCCAGAUCAGUCCAGACUGCAGUGACUGUGUGUGUGGGUGUGUGUGUGCGGAUGAUCAGCAGGAGCUGUUCCCUGAGUGUGUGAGCUGUGUGACGUGGCUGAAGGCGUAUUUCAGUGACCCGAACACCACACACACUCUACCCUCGCCUACCAUACACCACCCCAUUCUACAGGGAGGCUCGUGGACAGCGUGUGUGUUGCGUACGCUGCAGAGCAGAGUGUGUGUGGGUGAGACGGUUUCGUAUGCACGUCUCGCUCAACUGGCUGGAAGACCCAGAGCUGCACGAGCAGUAGGUGGAGCCAUGCGUAAGAACCCAGUGCCCCUGCUGAUUCCGUGCCAUCGUGUGUGUUUGAGCAGUGGGGGGGCGGGGCAUUACAUGGGUGGCCAUGGCGACCAGCUCAAACUCUGGCUGUUGGAGCAUGAGCGCAAUACCUCACAGUGAUGCAUGUACACGCACACACACAUGCAUGUGUUUUCACACACACUCACACCUCCCAACCCUUAUGCCCACCGUUACAGAAACCAGAUUCAACCACAUUUGUAUUGUUAUGUUAAAGUAUUUGAUGUGGUCAUGCUUAAGUUGUUUAAAAGUAGGUCAUGCUUACUUUUAAACUCUGUUGAAUAAAUAUUAAUGAUUUGUA